CGAUCGCGACCGCAAACACCACAUCCUUCUCUCCACCACCUUGCGCGCUCUCUACACGACACGACAACCAGAAUACACUCAAUCGCAUAUACCCACACCUAGCAGUCAACACCUCCCAACACUUCCACCAUGUCGCGCCCCGAGGACAUACUACCCCCAGACCUCUUCUACAACGACACCGAAUCCGCCAAAUACACCACCUCCUCGCGCAUCCAGCACAUCCAAGCCAGCAUGACGCACCGCGCCCUCGACCUCCUCGACCUGCGCCACCCCUCCCUCAUCCUCGACAUCGGCUGCGGCUCCGGCCUAUCCGGCAGCAUCCUCUCCGCCGAAGCCCCGCCGCACACCUGGAUCGGGCUCGACAUCUCGGCGUCGAUGCUAGCAGUCGCGCUGGAGCGCGACGUCGAGGGCGACCUCUUCCUCGCGGACGCCGGGCAGGGCGUGCCGUUCCGGCCGGGCACGUUCGAUGCCGCGAUCAGUAUUAGUGCGCUGCAGUGGCUGUGUAAUGUGGAGAGUAGUGAGGAGAGUGCGGGGGGUCGGUUGAAGCGGUUUUUCGAUGGGUUGUAUGCGAGUUUGCGGCGUGGGGGCAGGGCGGUGUGUCAGUUUUAUCCGAAGAAUGAGGUGCAGAGGGGUAUGGUUAGUCAGGCGGCUAUUAGGGCUGGGUUUGGGGCUGGGCUGCUGAUUGAUGAUGAGGGGACGAAGGGUGCGAAGACGUAUCUGGUGUUGACGGUUGGGGGCGGGGAUUUGAAUGGUGGGGAUAUUACGGGUGUGGUUAGUGGGAUGGAAGGUGUGGAUGUGGAUGAUUCGCGGCGGAGAGCACAAGGGAGAGACCGUUCGAAACGGGGAGUCGUGGAGAAGAAGGGGAGCAAGGGGUGGAUCAUGAGGAAAAAGGAGCAGAUGGAGGCCAAGGGCAAGGUAGUGAAGCCGAACUCGAAAUACACCGGCCGGAAAAGGAAUAUUGCUUUCUGAGGUGGGCUUUCCAGCAUCAUGGGAUCAGGUCACAUUGCAUUAUGAGCAUGGCGUCUGGAGUUUGGGAAAGAUCCAAAGGUCUAAAUGCAUCACGCUAUGUACGGCGCUAUGUACGGCCUAGAAAUACAUCAGUCACAUCGAUCAUCGCUUCCUUCCGUCGUGAACCUAAAACAAAGGGGACCA